AGUUUGCAUUGCGGCUUCGCUUCAACUGAAUGCUAUUCGCCCAGCUGUUCCACAAGUAUCUUGACUACGACUUGGAACCGCUGAAAGUACACUCUGAUUAGAUUAGCAGGGCUGUCAGCACACACAAACCGAGCAGUUUCACUUAAACUGUUCAACACAACGGAGGUGAAUUGUUCCAUAAAACAAAAAAUGAACUCUGAACUGUGGGAAUCCAAUGAGGAGAUACAAUAUUUUCGCGAAUAUCUGCGCAUACCCAGCGUACAUCCCAAUCCCAAUUAUGCUCCCUGCUUGGAAUUCCUAAGACGACAGGCCACACAGCUGGAACUACCUAUAGCUGUAUAUUAUCCAUUAGAUGCUGCGAAUCCUGUGGCUGUCAUCAGCUGGCAGGGGCUGGAGCCUCAAUUGCCCGCCCUUCUGCUCAACUCUCAUAUGGAUGUGGUGCCCGUCUUCAAGGACAGCUGGACGCAUGAACCUUUUGCUGCUGAAAUGGACGCCGAGGGUCGCAUUUUUGCCCGAGGCACGCAAGACAUGAAAUCCGUGGGAAUGCAAUAUCUGGCGGCCAUUAGAGCCCUCAAGCGCAGUGGAGCCAGGUUCAAGCGAACCAUACACAUGUCUUUUGUGGCAGAUGAGGAAAUGGGUGGUCGCCGAGGCAUGCGUCCCUUUGUGGAAACUGAAGAGUUUCGUGCUCUUAAUGUGGGAUUUGGAUUAGAUGAAGGACUCGCUUCGCCAACAGCUGAUUUUCCCGUGUUCUACGCCGAGCGGAGUGUGUGGCGUCUAACAUUUAAGAUAUCGGGCACUGCGGGACACGGAUCGCUCCUGUUGCCAAAUACAGCUGGCGAGAAGUUCCAAUAUAUUUUGGAUAAAAUGAUGCAGUUACGUAAGCAACAAGUGGCACGUCUUGAGAACAAUCCAGAGCUGAAGAUUGGUGAUGUGACAACAAUAAAUCUAACCCGAAUUGGUGGUGGAGUGCAGAGCAAUGUGGUGCCACCAGAGCUGACAGCUGGCUUCGAUUGUCGCCUUGCCCUCGAUGUGAAUCAUGACGAGUUCAUCACACAAUUAAACACCUGGAUGUCAGAGGCUGGUGGGGGUAUUGAGCUGGAGUUCGAUCAAAAGCAUCCGUAUGUGCCACCCACUGCCACAGAUGCUAGCAAUCCCUUCUGGCUGGCCUUCAAAAGUGCCACUGAUGAGUUAGGUCUCGAUAUCCGACCACAGAUCUUCACUGGCGGCACAGACAGUCGCUUUUUGCGCAAGUCUGGCAUACCCGCCUUGGGUUUCUCGCCCAUGAACAAUACUCCGGUUUUACUACAUGACCACGAUGAGUGGAUUGGCGCCGAUACAUACCUGAAAGGAGUACAAAUAUAUCAAAAGAUUAUUAGCAAUUUGGCCAAUGUGAAAUGAUGUAGUCUUAAAUCCUAACAAAUGUUUAUAUUCGAUUUCUGCUUUCUGUUUGUCAUCAACAAUUUAUCAAUAUUAGUGCUAUAAAAAUCAUUUUAAAAUUAAAUCCUUAUGCUUAAAAACUGAUUUUACGAAAUUAAAACUAACAAAAAUGUUAUCUUUCAUAAUAAUAUUACACACAGCUAAAAUUUAUUUCAGGAAAUUGUUGAUAUUUACAUUAAAUUAACCUUUGCCCGAUUCAUGUCAAUUGUUCGAUUAUGACGGACAUAUUUAUGCAACAUUUUUUUGUUUAAAUAAAACUCUAGAGGGUAUAUGCAAGUCGACUACUUGCAGCAGAUA